AUGUCUUUUGACAUUCUUGCCCGCUUGGGGGCUCAGGUAGCAGCCCUACCACCAAGAUCGGAUUAUUUGGACUUAACGACGACGACCCUUGGCAAACGUAAAUGGCUUCGAUUUGGACAAUGGAAUGUUAAGACGCUGUUCCAAAUAGGAAAAUUGGCGCAAGCAGGACAUAAUUUGGAGAAAUUCAAUUUGGACUUCUUGGCGGUGAGCGAGGUUCGCUGGAAUCAGUGUGGACAAAUUGUGACAAGCAACGGGCACCUGAUGUUGUACUCAGGGAUGCCAAAUGAAGAAGACGUGCAUCAAUAUGGAGUAGGGAUCUUGAUUAACAGAAGAUUUCGUCAAUCUGUUAUGACUUACCGCUUCAUAAACGAAUGCAUCAUGACGGUAAGAUUCAAGGGAUCAGCUAGAAACCUAUCCGUGACUCAGUGCUAUGCUCCCACUGAAGAUGCGGAAACGGAAAUCAAAGAGGCGUUUUACGACACUCUCAACACGAUCCUAGCUGAAGUCCCGAAACGCGAUCUCGUACUAUUGAUGGGCGAUUUCAAUGCGCAAGUUGGGGAAAACAAUGAGGACAUAGAACACGUAAUGGGUAGACAUGGAGUGGGGAGAAUGACGGAAAAUGGAGAACUCCUUGUCGAAUGUUGCGGCUUGAACAAACUCAAGAUUGGUGGCACAUUGUUUCCUCACAAAAAAUGUCAUAAGGUUACCUGGGUGUCUCCCGACUCACACACAGAGAACCAAAUUGACCACAUAUGUGUCAGCGCAAAGUGGAGUAAUGCUCUCGCAGACGUUCGCGUGAAAAGAAGCGCAGAUAUCGGAUCCGAUCACCAUCUACUUGUCGGUCAUCUGCGGCUUACAACGAAAAAAGUGCCAAAAAAGAAGACGAACCCGCGAAAGAAGUUCGAAAUUGCCAAGCUCAAGAGUGAUGCCCAACGAACCACAUUCUCAAACACGCUUCGUGAAAACCUGGCGAACACAAAUCCUGACUACAACAACAUCCAACAGGCGUGGGGAGAAUUCAAGAAUGCGGUUUUGAAAACCUGCGAGGACAAACUUGGAAUGGCGAAAAAUCGAAAACAGGAUUUUAUAUCCCCGAACACGUGGUCUGUCAUCGAAAGUCGAUCCGAAGCGAAAAACGAAACCAACGCUGCAACAACAAUUCACGACAAAAUUCAAGCGAAACAACGCUACAGUAUCCUUGAUAAACGAGUCAAACGGGAAAUUCGCAACGAUAAGCGUGAGCACCUGAACUCAUUGGCCAGUCAAGCAGAAGCUGCUGCUGCGGUGUAUAACAUGAAGGACCUAUACACCAUCACCAAGAGGAUUGCAAACACCAACAGAAGCAGAAACGUUCCUGUCAAGGACAAGAACGGUGUGUUGCUGACCAAUGUCGAAGACCAGCUGAAAAGAUGGCGUGAACACUUUCAAGAGGUGCUUAAUUUGAGACGAGAUGGCAUCGUGAUUCCUCCAACAAGGGCCACAAGAUCCCUGCCCAUACGCACAAGCCCACCCAGUAGAAAGGAAAUCACUGAUGCUAUUAAGUCCUUGAAGAAUGGGAAAGCAGCAGGUAUUGACAGUAUAACCGGCGAGGUCCUUAAAGCCGAUGUCAACCUGAGUACCGACGCCCUCUUGCCUUUACUCACUGCUAUUUCGGAGAAAGGCGAAUUCCUGGAUGGAUGGAAUGGAGGGAAGGUAUUGUAG